AUUUUCAACUUGGUCUGGCAUGGUGCAGCCCCUCUCGUCGAACGCAAUGCAGCCAAGACUGCUUGCGGUCAUCAUGCUCGCCGCGGUAGCGUCCACUGAAUUCGACGCCGUCUUCAACAAGUGCCAUCAACGCCACCCCAACCGCACGAAUGUUGUCACGUCGCCAUUGCCUCACAACUACGUGACCGACCUUCCCAAGAACUUCGACUGGCGCAAUGUUAAUGGCACCAACUACGUCACGGUAUCGCGCAACCAACACAUCCCUCACUACUGUGGCUCGUGCUGGGCUUUUGCGGCGACGUCGUCAUUAAGCGAUCGGCUUCGCAUCUACCGCGAACGCAGUCCUGGCAAACACGGUCGAGUUGAAGUGACGAGGGAAAUUAACCUUUCUCCCCAAGUCCUCUUGAACUGUGAGCUCGAAAGUCAAGGGUGUCACGGCGGUGAUGGCCUCAGUGCUUACCGCUACAUCCAUGACCACGGCAUUCCCGAAGAAGGUUGCCAACGCUACCUCGCGACGGGCCACGACGUGGGCAACUCGUGCACCGAUAUUGACAUUUGUCGUAACUGCAACCCUUCUCAAGGGUGCUGGGCCCAAAAGACGUACGACAAGUACUUCGUGUCGGAAUUCGGCGAAGUUAAGGGCGAAGCGGAGUUGAAGGCGGAAAUCUACGCUCGCGGGCCUGUUGUGUGUGGCGUUGCCGUGACAAAGGAAUUUUUGGACUACACGGGUGGCAUCAUCGACGACAAGACUGGCGCGACCGACAUCGACCACGACAUUUCAAUCGUUGGGUGGGGGGAAGAUGAGCACGGGACUCCCUACUGGGUCGGCCGCAACAGCUGGGGCACGUACUGGGGCGAAGAAGGGUGGUUCCGUCUCCGCCGCGGCAACAACAACCUCGGUGUUGAAUCGGACUGUCAAUUUGGCGUGCCUGCCAACGAUGGGUGGCCAAAUGCGGCGCCGUCAGAGUCUCAUGAGGGUUCUAAGUCGACCACCCAAGAAGCGGCGACUGCUGGUCAUGGCAGCCCCGUUUGGUCAGCGUUUGAAAACCCCGUCAAAGUCACGACCAAGCGCAUGUGUCGCGCACCAGCUGUGCAUUUUCCCAAAGGCGAAAAGAUUUUGAGUGCAUUGCCGCACGAGACCGUCAAUGUGAGUGCGCUGCCCAAGAACUGGGACUGGCGCAACGUCAACGGCGUCAACUUCGCGACGUGGGACAAGAACCAGCACAUCCCGCGUUACUGCGGCAGCUGUUGGGCCCAAGGCACAACCAGUGCGCUCUCGGAUCGAAUUUCCAUCCUGCGCAAUGCCACAUGGCCAGAGAUUGCACUGUCGCCGCAAGUCGUCAUCAAUUGCCACGGCGGUGGGUCUUGCGAAGGUGGCAACCCCGGCGCUGUCUAUGAAUUUGCCCAUGAUCAAGGCAUCCCCGACCAGACAUGCCAGGCGUACCAGGCCAAGGACGAUACGUGCUCCGCCCUCAACAUUUGCGAAACGUGCUGGCCCACGAACUCGUCGUUCACGCCUGGCGAAUGCCGUGUUGUGCCGGCUUUCAAGAGCUACUACGUGUCCGAGUACGGCCACGUUCGAGGCGCGGACCGAAUCAAGGCAGAGAUCUAUAAGCGCGGACCGGUCGGAUGUGGCAUGCACGUAACAGACAAGUUCGAAGCGUACAGCGGCGGGAUUUACUCGGAAAACGUGCUGUUCCCGAUCCCGAACCACGAAAUUUCGGUCGCCGGGUGGGGCUUUGACGAAGACACGCAAACCGAGUACUGGAUCGGACGCAAUUCGUGGGGAACGUAUUGGGGUGAGCACGGUUGGUUUCGCAUUCAAAUGCACCACCACAACCUCGGCAUUGAAAGCGACUGCGACUGGGGCGUCCCUAUUCCUGACGGGUCCAAGCCUCCAUCGUCCAACUAGGAACACAUUACUGACUCGUCGAAGUGUCGUUAUCACUGCAAAUAUUCAUACAAAUGUGGUCUGGUCGGCCUAC